CAACAGUCCAGCCAUCGUUACCAUUUAUAGUGAUGCAAAAUUUAAACAAUGCAUAGGAAAUGAUAAUAUCGACAACGCAAUCUUAUCAAUGAUAAGAACUAAUUAUAUGGCUGAAAUUGGUCAUAGCACGUUACUGAAGUACUUCACAGACACAUCAAAAAUGUCAGACUUAACAAGCGACGCAAUCAAAUCGAAUGUACCAGGAGAACAGAAGUUACGAGGAGUUGUUUCAGCGACUGCAACCGAUUUCGAACCUAACGACGAUAGCAACAAAGAUGAUUUCGUUCUGACGCCAGUCAUGAGUACAACAAAAGAAGAAUUGACUUGGACGAAAGGGGGGAUGAAACUGCAGAAGGUCGUCGUUAGUGGCGAAAAAUCGAACGAAUCAACAACAGUAAACACAACAAUGAGCGUGACGGAAUCAACGGACAGCAACACAGUUCGUUCAGAAACAACGGAAGUUCAUGUUACUUUGACGUCAAAGGAUUUAAAUGAUAAAAGCAAUCAAGAUAAAGAGGAAGGUGACAAGGAACAUGACGAUUCGAAGAAAUCAACUAAAAUACCGAAAUUCAAAUUAAGACGAGCUUUUGAUAAAAUCAGACGAGAAGAACAAAUGCCGCAAGAGAAAAUAGGCCACGAGCCAUACCUUGGAAUGAAAGUGCGAUCUGCUAUCCCUCGGUUGAAGGAUGUCAAAUAUCAGCAAAACGCUCAAGAAAACUUAACAAAAAAUGAAGAAGUGCAAAAUGAAAAUUCACCAAAGUUAGACGACGAAUUCGACAAACUAUAUGAAGAAACUAUAGAAAUGGAUCCGUUUAAUAAUAACAGACCGGUGUCUGAACAAUUUGAUGAACUAUCCACAAUGGAAACAAAAUUUGAAGAAAUAAUUCACUCGUAUGAUGAUAAUAAAGUUCAACACAACACAAUAACAUCACAACAAGUUGUCACAGAGAAAGUCAAAAGUAAAAUACCAUUGCUUAAACGUAAAAGCGAACAAGAAAUUGAAGUUCGACCUCAAAACAGAAGAAGCUCACUCAAAAAGAGCCUUUCUAUUGACGAUCCGAAAGGUAAAAUCCCUGUGGCCACAACAAAGGAGAAAACAAUCAAAACAGAUGUAGAAAAAUCCAAGAUUAUAAAAAGCAAAGCAUCGUCGGAAAGUUCUACAUUAACGAAAUCUGAAAUUGUUUCCGCGACAAAACAUAAAGCGGAAAGUGUUACUAAAACUUUCACGACACAAUUAAGUACAACCACAAAAGAAAUAAGUGUCUCAUCAAAGGAUAAAGUUGAAAUAGAACGAAACACCAAUACUACACCUAAAGACGUCCCUAAAUGUAACAUUCCUGUUUCACAACAUACAAAGGAAAAACGUGAAACAGAAAUAUCGAAUAACAAUGAAAAUAUAUCAGAACAAGUUACAACUGAAACAUCAACUGUAUUAAUUGAUUGCAAAAGCGUUGAAAAUGAUGUAGACUAUAUUAAAUCUAUACAGAAAAAUGAAACUCAAUCAGAAGUGAAAACAACGGAAAACGUUAGCUCGAAAGUUUCCACUUCAUUAAGUGAAAGUAAAUCCUUUGAUCAAUCUUCAUACACAUCAGAAAACGUCGCCAUUAAAGAAACUAUUGACGCCAUUAAUGUAACAGAAAUAUCAAAAAUAAAUGUUGAAAUUCAAAACGUUGGUACAACUGAAGUAAAAGAAACAAUCAAAGUGGCAACUCUGAAAUAUGACAAUUCCCUUGGUGCUGAAUCCGAAUCAAUAUUAAACAAUAAUAAAACAAUACCUUCGAACGAAAACACUGAUGAAAAAGGUAUUAUUAAUGAAAAUUGCGAUAUUACAAUAAAGGAAGUUAAGAAAAUAACAACUAUAUCAACAAAUACAACUGAAGUAGCAUCUAAGACAGAAAACACAACGUUCAUUGAAAAUAACGAAGCCCAAAUGUAUUUAGAUUCAAAUCAAACUAUCACGAAUGUAAAAAAUGACAUAAAAAUAGAAAAAAACAAUCUUAACAAAGAAAAAGUAAUCACUAGUAAAAUAGAAAUUGAAAGUGUAAAAACAUCUGAAGAUAAUUUAAGUGAAGGUUUCACAGAAAGCAAUAGUCAGCUACAGCGAGAUUUCACUUUAACCAGCUCGAAACUUGUUAAAUCGUUAGGCACAAAUGACAACAUAGCUAAAAACACUAUUGCUAAAGAUACGACUACAGAAAUAAUCCAAGUUCAAAACACGCAAGAAGAACAAGAUUCAGUGGUUAUUAUUAAACAAGAAAAUGCUGAUAAACUAGACAAGAAUCCGAUAUCCAUAAAAGAAAAUGAAGAAAAACAAACAAUAAACGUUUCAGAGGGCAAUCAUAUACAUACUAAAGAAAUGAACUCGGUUAAAAAUGGAGUUGAAAUAGAAGAGACUGGAAAUGAUAAGAAAUCUCUAACAAAUCUGUCGUCUCAAAUGAAGAAUAUUGACGAUUUGGAAGAGGAAGAUAUUAUAAUCCUGAAAGGAAAAGUUAAUCGAAUAAUAAGUAGAUUAGACUCACGGGAACAACAAAUAAUCAAAACGGAAUUAGACGACAUACCGAGAGAUGUGUGUGUGACAUCAAAAAUAGCUAAUUUCGAAAAACCGAGACAAACAGGCGCCCUCCACGAAGGUAAUACAAAUAAUUUAGACGAAAAAACUAACAACAGAAGCGAUAAACCAAAGAUUGUUGACGAAAUAUUGAAAUCUGAUACUGGAUUGGAUAUUAAUCACAAUAAACAUAAUACUAGCAUAGUCGACAAUAGCAUUGAUGCUACAAGAUAUAAUGACAAUACAUCCAAAGAUAUAACAAACGUUUUAGAUAAAAGCAAUCCCUUCGACUACACUAGUGCCUUAGAUAAUAAUCAAUUUCAAAGUAACUAUGACGCAAUUUACAACAAAGUUCACGCCUCAAUCGUAAACCGUCUAAACAGUAUCGAGAAGAAAUUCAAAGUCACUGAAUUUAGUGAAAUAACUGAAAACAAAAUCGAAACAAUAAACGAAAACGAAGACGAUUUUAAAAAUAGUACUAAUUUGAAGGAAACGAAAAGUUUAUCCGAACCGAAUUUCUUCAGAAAUAAAAAACCAAACGACGCUGAAGAUAACUUGUUUACUGAUAAGAAGGAACCAGUUCCAAAAGUUGAUAUGUACAAAGAAUACAGGGUUAAAGAACUUGAUUCAGACCAACGAGCUAAAUCUCUAGCAGAAUUAGACCUAGGUGAUGCUGUGAGAGGUAGAGUUAGGCAGAUGGUGUACAGGAUGAAUUCAAUGGAGAGGAUGCGGCUGAUGAGAAGUGAUACUGUUGAAAGGAAGGAGAGAUUAAGAAAGAUAUCAAUCACUGAUAGAGUAGCUCUGUUUGAGAAAAAAGUAGUGCCAAUUUACACAGACGAGCCAUCCACGCAUCGGCCAGCACCGAAACCCACCACCGCGGCCGUCGAAGUCCUCAGCGAGGAGAAGUUACAGGAGAAGAUCGCAGAACUCACGAAUGCCAAAAUUAAAUAUGGGAAGUUCGAUAAUAUGACGUCAAUCGAGCUCCGAGAUGGAUCGAGUAUGCCUGUCAUUGCCCUUGGAACAGCCAUGCUGGAUCCGAAGUUGGUCAAACAUAUAAUAUGCGCCGCGAUCGACCUCGGCUACCGCGCCAUAGAUGCCGCUUACAUCUAUGGAAACGAGAAAUAUGUGGGCGAGGCGAUUCAGACUAAAAUAGACGACGGCACUGUUAGGCGUGACGAGUUAUACAUAAUAUCGAAGUUAUGGAGUACGUUCCAUCGACGUGACCUGGUGGCGAAGGCCUGCAAGCAGUCCUUGGAGACAAUGGGCUUGGAAUACUUCGACCUUUACCUCAUACACAAUCCUAUGUCCUUUAAGGAAGGUGCCAACCCUAUACCAAAAAUCGCGAAUGUUCUCCAAUACUCCCAGCACGAUUACCUUGAAGCUUGGUACGGCAUCGAGGACUUGAUACGCAAGGGUCUCGUGAAAAGGGGGGGUGUUAGCAACUUCAACUCUGUGCAAGUCGAGAGGGUUGUGGAUAAGGGGAAGAUCAAGCCAGUCGUUAAUCAGGUUGAAUGUCAUCCAUACUUAACUCAGCAACGUUUGGACGACUUCUGCACGACCCGCAAUGUUAAGCUUAGUUGUUUUGGCGUUUUGGGCUCUAAGGGGACGCCACUGGAACUCAAGAGUGGUCUCCCACCAGCUAUAGAUGAUCCUCUGGUGAAGGUCAUGUCUGCGGGACUGGGGGUCAAACCAGGCCAGCUGCUAAUAGCAUAUCAAAUACAGACAGGCCGCAAUGUUGUCGUUAAGACAACUGACGCUGAUCACAUGUGGGAUAACUUACAAGCGCUGAACGUCAAACUGGACCAAUCUCACAUUUCCGCUCUGAACGCACUCAACAGGAACAAACGUACAUUCACAUUUGAGGGAAUGGGAGACACUCACAGGAACUAUCCAUUUAAAAUAGCAUUUUAAAUUAUAUUUUAUGACAGAAUUGACAAGAUGUUUUCCGCGCCAUUUGAUACGUCAUUUUGACAUUUUAUUUUUUUUCUAGUUUAAGGUUUUUUGACACUGGUUAAGUGAUAAUGUGACGUAUAAUUUUAAUUGAAAUAAAUGUGUAUUUUUUUUAUUUUUAUUUGUCGAUUUUUUUAUGUUUAAUCUUAAGUGAAUUUGAGCGAAUUUUAAUGAACAAAAUUUUAAAAAGUAACUGUCUGGAUUAGAACCAUAUAUUGGUCUCUGCGUAUCACGAGUGUCAAAAACAAGAGCAUUUUUUUCUGUAAGCUGAAACAAUAGUAGCGUAUGCCAUAAAAAAGUACUUUAUAUUGGUUUGGUGAUUGUGUGAAAAUAUUAUUCGCUUCAAUUAAAAUGAUUAGAAUUAUGACAAUAAGUGCAUUGCAACACUUUAAUUUUCGUCGUUUUGACAUUUAAAUUUUUUAAAGUUCUUUCAACAGUUACCGUAUGAGAUGAAUUAUUACGUAUUAUUUUUAUAACAGUCUUUUUUUUAGUGUUCAUUAUUAUACGAGACAAUAAUAAUUCUAUGUGAUUAGAAAUUAUUUCGUUUUUAUUUUAAGCUGAAUGAUAUUUUUAAUGAAAUGGAAUUAAUAAUGCUAGUGUAAGUUUUUUUUUUU